GAAGAAGUCUACCGCUGAGAACUACUCGCUUCCCUCUCGUCAACCAGGGGUUAAAAAGUUCCCUAAACUUUGUCGAACAGCCAUGGAAACCAAUUUCGGACACAACAUCGAUUCUGGGCAUCUAUAAAACCGAACCCGCGUUGUUGUCGCCAAAAAAAACUGGCGGCAGCGGAACAGUCCUGGAGGCUUUUUGUUCCGCUUUAACUCCUUACAGGAGCCCGUAAGCUAACCGCGGCUACAGCUAACGUUAGCUUUUUCUCUGCCGCAUAUCUGGGGGUUUAAUAUUACCACGGUGACCGUCGUGGAUGGUGUAAACUAUAGGAAGUAACGGAGGUAGAUACUCAUUGGUAUUCCUCAGACGCAACAGGUUGUUUUCGUGCCACUAGAGCCGAGCAGCGAGGCUUGCGCUUUGAAUUUCCCUCCUUCAGCCAUAAAGACGGGCAGAUUUGCAAAGGGGGGGUCGUUUGGCUGGUUACCAAAUUAUUAGCAGACCUCUGCUAAUUGUGCAUAACCUUCCGAGAUACUAACACAGGAGCUUUGGGAAUAAACUUUACCCUCCAAGUUACGGAACAUUUUUUCGCUACACGUGUCGACCUGUGCGUCAAAUAUUAAUAUGGAUCAAAACACGGGGAGCUCAUCUGCUGCACCCAGGAAGGAGAAGGAAAAGAAAUCAAAGAAAAAAGACGACGAUGGAGAUGGGAAAAAGAAAUUUAAUCUCAAACGGCUGAUUCCUGAUGAGUUGGAGCGUCUCACCAGUAUGAGAAUUAAAAAGGACAAGGAAAAGCCUCUCCCAAGUCAGCGGCACUCUUCAGCUGCCAGCUACGAGAUCACACCUCAGCACGCAAUGCUCCUUGAACAAAGUGAUGAAGAUAUCCUGGCGCUCUUCGAAAAGAUGCUGGUGGACAUGAACCUGAAUGAGGAGAAGCAGCAGCCACUGAGGGAAAAAGACAUAGCGAUUAAACGAGAGAUGGUCUCUCAGUACCUCCACACCUCUAAAGCUGGGCAAGAUCAGAAGGAAAGGUCCAAGUCAGCAAUGAUGUACAUCCAGGAGUUAAGGAUGGACUACAGAGACACACAGCUGCUUGGCUGUCUGGAAUCACUGAGGGUCUCUCUCAACAACAAUCCUGUCAGUUGGGUGCAGAAUUUUGGAGAUGAGGGCCUCGCUCUGCUGUUGUCUCUACUUAAACGACUUCAAGAUGAGAAAGACGAAUACCCAAAUGUUGGAGUCAAAUGUCAGCAUGAGAUCAUUCGCUGCCUGAAAGCCUUCAUGAACAACAUGUAUGGUUUAAAAUCAAUGUUGGGGUCAGAAGAAGGAAUUCAUCUCCUGGUCAGAGCCAUCAACCCCAAGGUAGCAACCAUGAUGGUGGAUGCUGUCAAACUGCUCUCUGCCCUCUGUAUUUUGGAGCAUCCUGAAAACCUUCAUGAGCGUGUUUUGGAGGCCAUUACAGAAGAAGCUGAAAAACGAGGCACUGAGAGAUUUCAGCCUCUUGUGACUGGGAUGAACAGCACCCAUAUUCCUCUUAAGGGUGCAUGCAUGCAGCUGAUCAAUGCUCUGAUCAGCCGGGCAGAAGAACUGGACUUCAGAAUCCACAUUCGCUCUGAACUCCUAAGACUGGGACUAAGAGAGCAGCUGGGGGAGUUCCGUGGGAUAGAAAAUGAAGAGCUAAAGGUGCAACUCAUGGUGUUUGAUGAGCAGGCCGAAGAUGACUCGGAGGAGCUGAAAGGACGUCUUGAUGACAUCCGCAUAGAAAUGGAUGAUGUGAGGGAUGUUUUUGAGAUCCUGGUCAACACAGUGAAGGAUUCCAAGGCUGAGAACCACUUCCUGUCUCUUAUGCAGCACCUGCUCCUGAUCCGUAAUGAUUAUUUUGCCAGGCCUCAGUACUACAAGCUGAUAGAUGAAUGUAUUGCUCAGAUUGUGCUGCACAAGAAUGGGUCAGACCCCGACUUCAAGUGCCGCAAGCUGAGCUUCGACAUCGAAGGUUUGAUAGACAACAUGGUGGAUAAGACCAAAGUGGAAGCCAGUGAGGCCAAAGCAACAGAUCUGGAGAAGAAGCUGAAUGCGGAGCUGACGACGCGCCAAGAGCUGCAGGUGGAGAUGAAGAAACUGGAGGGUGAUUAUGACCAGAAGCUGCAGGACAUGUGCCAAGAGAAAGAACAGCUGGCCUCUGCUAAACUGGAGCGAGAAAAGGAGAACCAAAGUCUGCAGGAACAGCUAGGCUCUUUGCAAAACCAGAUUGAAAAACUGUCAAAGGAUCUGGAGGAGGCCAAAACUAAGGUUGUUACAGUUACUGUUCCCGUGCCAACACCUGGUCUGCCUCCUCCUCCUCCCCCUCCACCUCCUCCGCCUCUCCCGGGCCACCUAGCUUUUCCUCCCUCUCAGCCCCCAUCUGGACCUGUACCGGGUGCGGCUACCGUUGCUGUACCUCCCCCUCCUCCCCCACCUCCUCUUCCUGGUCAGGCACCUCCACCUCCUCCGCCACCUCCACCCCUUCCAGGAAUGGGGCCUCCCCCCCCACCACCACUUCCUGGUGUUCCUCCUCCACCACCUGGACCAGGUGUGCCUCCACCUCCACCAGGCUUUGGAGUUCCUGCACCACCUGCACUACCUUUUGGGCUCCAGCCUAAAAAAGAAUACAAACCAGAGGUCCAGUUGAAGAGAGCCAACUGGAGUAAGAUCGGACCUGAGGACCUAAGUGAGAACAGUUUUUGGACAAAGGCUAAUGAGGAAAAAUUUCAAAGCAGUGAACUCUUUGCCAAACUUACCUUAACCUUCUCAUCCCAAACAAAGCCAAAGGGUAGCAAAGCUAAAAAAGAUCAGAAUAAUGGAGAGGAUAAACAGCCAACGAAGAAGAAGGUGAAGGAGCUAAAAGUCAUUGAUUCAAAGUCAUCACAAAACCUCUCAAUUUUCCUGGGAUCCUUCCGCAUUCCAUACGAAGAGAUCAAGAAUGCCAUCUUACAAGUUAAUGAGAAGAUUCUUACAGAGUCCAUGGUUCAGAACCUGAUAAAGCAGCUCCCUGCUCCUGGGCAGCUAGAAACCCUUGCAGAGAUGAAGGAUGAAUACAAUGAUCUGGCUGAGUCUGAACAAUUUGGAGUGGUGAUGUCCAGUGUGAAGCGUCUGAUGCCACGACUUGAGGCCAUCCUGUUCAAGCUGCAGUUUGAGGAGCAGCUGAACAACAUCAAGCCAGAUGUGGUGGCUGUGACAGCUGCCUGCGAGGAGCUCAGGAAAAGCGAGACCUUUGCCAAGCUGCUGGAGAUCAUCCUUCUUGUCGGGAACUACAUGAAUGCCGGCUCUCGAAACGGAGCCGCAUUCGGCUUCUCCAUAUCGUACCUGUGCAAGCUGCGUGAUACCAAGUCAGCUGAUCUGAAGCAGACAUUGCUCCAUUUCCUCGCUGAUGUGUGCCAGGAGCAAUAUCCUGAUGUCAUGAAAUUUACUGACGAGCUCAUCCAUGUGGAAAAGGCCAGCAGAGUUUCUGCAGAGACAAUUCAGAAGAAUUUGGAUCAGAUGGGGCGACAGAUCAAAACCUUGGAGAAAGAUCUGCAAACUUUUCCUCCUGCACAAAAUGAAAAUGACCAGUUUGUGGAAAAGAUGACUAGUUUUGUUAGCCAUGCUCAAGAACAGUAUGAGAAGCUGGAUAUGCUGCAUAAAAACAUGGAGAAAGAAUACGCAGAUCUGGGAGAAUUCUUUGUCUUUGACCCGAGGAAAAUCUCAGUGGAGGAAUUCUUUGGAGACCUCAGCAACUUCAAAAACAUGUUCCAGCAAGCGGUGAAAGAAAACCAGAAGAGGAAGGAAGCUGAGGAGAAGAUCAAGAGGGCCAAGCUGGCUAGAGAAAAAGCAGAGAAGGAGAAAGAGGAGAAGCUGAAAAGAAGCAAAGUUCUGGAUAUGAACACAGAGGGUGAUGAAACUGGUAUCAUGGAUGGCCUGUUGGAGGCGCUGCAGUCAGGCGCUGCUUUCAGAAGGAAGAGAGGACCUCGGCAAGCAGCCAACCACCGGCGAGCUGGUCAUGCAGUGACCAACAUCCUGGCCAAAGAGCUGAUGCAGGAAGACGCACCUUCAUCCAGUAAAUUACCCACAAAAAAGGCAAAGACUGAAAAGGAGGAGCAGAAACAUGAAGGAGCAGAAUCCUUGGAGGACUUACUGGAAGGUGUUCAUUCUCGCUCUAAUUAGGCUUCCAAGUUCAGAAAGUUAUUUUUAUUUACAGUGACAGCAGAUUGUUAUGCAGAACAGGGGUCAACAUCAACGUGACAUUAGAUCACUGCAGUUUCUUUCAUCCCCUACCCUGCACGGACCAAUAUUCAGGACUUCUUCUCUGUUUUGGGUUGUGUUGAUGGAGGGAGGAAGAACGCCUCCUCACUAGCCUCUGAAUGUUUGCCAAUUUCUGUCUGAAGCAUAUGCACCUACAUGUUAAACUUCAUCAAAGGGUAUUUUCAGUCUUUCCCAAAGACUUACUCAGGACUGAAACCCAUACUUGGAAUUUCAGAAACCUCCCACCAAUAGUUAUGACUUGAGUAAUGAAAAUGUUUUGGAUUAUGUCUUUUCUUUCACCCUGAAUGAUAAAACCUAAUCCUUUGUAACAUUUUAACAUACUGUACAUCACUGUGUAAUGUUUUGUCCACCUGUUUAAUUGAAGUGCCAAUCAGUCUCAUCAUUUCACUCAUAGGUUAAUUCAUUCGCACUGGAUAUCACUGAACUUCACUUGGGUUUAUCUAGAGGACUGUUUAUUUUACUGGGGUGUUUCCAAUUAAAUACCUUAACUGUAUGAGUAACAUUUGCAUAGAUACCAAAAAUAUUUUUUGAAAGGGGGUUUACCAUGCAUACUGUAGCCUGGUGGUUAACAUUCCUGCAUUUUUUUUUGUAUACAAGAAAGUCUGAGUGUGAAAUUAGCUGCCUAUAUUUAGUUUUGUGUCCACAAAUCUUGGUGUGUGUGUGUUUGCAUGCAAGUGGGUGUGUGUUGGCAUCUAUAAUUACUGUACAACACCAACUAGGCUGUCAUGAAUGAUGAUCUCGUGGUCUUUCUGUUGAGAAUAUAGCACACACUGGAAAACAGCCCAGAAACUGCUGAGACAACCGUCUGCAUCCGUUCUCUCACUUUUACUCCUGCUCCCACUGAACUGUCGACUCUGAACGUCUGGCCUCGCUCCUGUUGGUAUUCUGCAGCCCACAGCAGAUAUGUUGCUAUGAUGUCGGUGGUGAGACUUUGACAGGAAGCCCAUCAGGUGAUGUGAGCUGUGUGCAGUGUUUGCUCCUAUGCAAAUCUCUCAGUAGAGCCUCCAGCUCAGCUCUUUGCAAGCCAGUCUGGGCCGCGUUCAUGUGGUGUAUCCUGUACAAAUGUAUGUUUAAUUUUUGUUUUUAUUCUGGGAGACAGCGGCACUUAAACAUCCUCAGAUAAAUUCCACCAAAGCACUUGAGGUGUAAUAUCUGAUCUUGGAUCUAGUGCUUUGUUUAAUCUUUAACACUGAUUUAAACACCCAGUAAACUGCUGCACCUGCACAAACAUCUGAUUGCUGUAGUUACACAGGUAUAACUGCUGUUAUUGUUAUUUGCUGUGUUUAGGAAGCCAGCACCAGAAGAUUGUAAGUUUUCCCAUAUAAAGAACACCACUGGAACAUUCUGCCUGAUCUGAGUUAUUUACCCUUUUGUCCCUAUAAUUUUUCUUGUUUUUUUUGUUUUUUUGUUUUUUUUUAAGAGAUUUUGUUU